AUGCUCCAACUUAGUAGUAACUUGAAGGCCGGAGCGCGCUUGAGCCCCCCAAGUCGCCCCCAGUCUCUUUUUGGGGGAAGCGACAUGUCCGACGAGAGGAAACACACACACCAGCAGCCGCCCGACCUGGAUCUCCUUUAUCAACUGCUGACAGAGAAAUAUACCGCAAGCACCGUCGACAGGUACGAGGACACUUGGGCUGUUGGGUGCGUUACUUGACUCGAGGUCUCUUACGCUGCAGGCAUGUAGAAUCUGUGACGCGGUACGCCGUCUACCUCGAAACAAGAGGAGGUAAGGAACGAAUGGCAACCAUGACUUCGGGCCCAUGUGUGCGGUUUGGUUGGGUGGCACUGCAGGUCUGCCGCUGAGUCAUCUUACAGCCGCCGUGCGCCUACUGGAGGUUGUUAUAUCGCGAUACUUGGGCGGGCAGGCCUGCUGGCUGCCGGUGCUGCUGCGGAUCAUCGCGGUGUCAGGCAGGGCCCUCCUGUUGGAAAAAGCAUCAGGUGCGAACAUUCACACACAAUCGAUUGAUUCCCCAAACCCCUGUGGCACUAUGGACGCCAUUUUGUCUCAGAUCCGCUGACUCAUGGGUACACGAGCAGAGCCAAUGAAGACAUACGCUCUGAUGCUUUGACGAUGUAUGGCUUCACAGCGCCGCUGUUCCGUCUUAUUUGACGACGGUCGCCCUCCCGUUGGAACUGUAAGGACAGAGGACGCACGUGCAGAUGUGCAUUCGUACAGCGCGCGUCUCCUUAUGCCUUGCAGGGGCACCGCGAAGAGCGGUAUUGAAAGGCGACCUCUUGACGAGGAGGCCUACCAUGCGAUUUGGCGGCUAUAUGCCUCGCUGGCGCUGUCUCCUGGUGGCGAGACACCUGACGGAAAGAAGGCGCUGAAGCGUGCCCAGGCCUUCCAAGCGUUCGAAAAGACAGAUGUCAUCCAAUGGGUGGGCAAGCGGCGAUCGAAAGUGGGUGAGAGGAAGGCCGAUGGCUCUUUGCGUGUUCGUGCCAGGCGUCUCGUGAGCUCGAUCGGCAGGCCCCCCGAUGUGUCUUGACGGAGGUGCUGGAAGUGUUGCGGGCGCUGUCCACCAGCAAGUAAGACCUGAUAGGGCCACUGAGUCCUGCAUAUACACUGUGUGCGCCUCUCUUGCAGGGUUUUCUGUCAGCGGAUGACCGAAGGGGUGCGGGUUUUGCUUCAUUUUGGCUGACACCUUGCCAUCUUCUGUCCCUCUGGCUGCAGGACGUCCUUCAGAAGCUUCUUGUCCUGAUCCGGGAUAUGUGUGAGGCCGGGUCUACGGAGGGAGUGGCUCAGAUCGCGCUCGAGGCAACAUGGAAUGUGAUUGUUUUGGAGGAGCAAGCAGCCAGCAAGGUCAGCCCGCACGUGUGUCCCGCUUGUGAGAGUAAACUCGCGUCUCUGUGCGUUAAUCUUGUAGGUGCUGAGUGAGAGUGCGUCCCUCCAUUCCAUUAAGGGCAUCUUGCACCGGCUAAGAGAGCUCAAGGGCAGUCCGGCAAAGGUGUUCAGGAAUGAAAUCCUACUCAUCGCGCUGCUUGUCGCCAAGAUGAGGGCAGACAAGGUGGCGCAGUCCUCACUGGUCUCUCUGCUGCUGAAUAUGCUUGUUGACGGGUGAGCAAGAGAACGAAGUGGCUCUGUCUCGCGUGUGUAUCCUGUGUCUCUCUUAUCAGUCUGCCCUUUGAAGCCAGUGAAGAGGAGUUGAAGAAGGAAACUCAUGGUCAGUCGAAUAUACAUGUCUGUCCGCACUUUGUCUGUCAGUACCCCGUGCUUUCCUUCUGCAGAUUUGAUAUGGCUGAUUGUCAUCGAGUGUUCGGGUGAGGGGUACGAUUGCACACCCCUUCAUGCAUCAUGCCAUGUCGUCGCUUUCCAUUUGUGCAGGUGCGUGUGCCCACUUUCCGUCCACCCGACAGCAUCUGACGGAGGCCCUGUCAUCUCUCAUCGCCAAAGGCACUGCGCCGGGGGCUGCGUGGGCAUGUCUCAGCGGCCUGCUCUCCUCCAAUUGCGAGUUGCAAGCAUCCAUGAAGUCGCUCGUGGGUGAGGCGCUGAAGCAGCUCGCCAGCGGACACACAGACAUUGAAAGAGUGCUCACGUUCCUCUCUGCGGUGAGCACACCUGACCUGAUUGUGCGUAUGUUAAGAACAAAUGCGUGUUUGCAGGUCGGCAAAGCGCGCCCGGAGGAUCUUACGAGCAGAGGUAGAACACACAUAUGAAAGAGGGGCGUGGGAGUGCCACUCGCCCCUGUCGGUGUAGUCAGACUCUGAGAUCCUCGACACGUUGACGACUACACUGGCUACAUGCACUGGUACUCACCCAUCAACUUGCGAGUGAUUACCGUUUUUGGGUAUUCUUUGUGCCAGGGGAGUUGGAUGAGAGGGAUAUGCGCUGCUCCACGAUUGCGCUCUUUGUCGUGUCGUGUGUGUGCUCCGACAACACGGCCAUGAAGAACCACUUCAGGCAUUUAGGCGGGCUGCAAAUCAUCUCAGCGAUGCUCAAGUAA